AUGAGAAGGGGAGCUUGCGGGUUUGUCUUUUGGCUGUUUGCUGCUGCUGCUGCUGCAGCAGCAGCAGACGCUGCGCUGCUGCUCGCGAGGCCGAAGCAAACGCCCCCUGCUGCUCUUCUUCUGCCUCCCAGCAGCAGCAGCAGCAGCAGCAGCAGCAGCAGCAGCCUCUGCUGCCCUUCAAGGGCACAUCUUUUCGGUUGCCUCUGGCCCCAGCGUGGGCGUUUCCAGGGGCAUGCUCAGCUGCUGCAGCAGCAGCAGCAGAAACGGCAGCAGAAGCAGCAACAGCAGCAGCAGCAGCAGCAGCAGCAGCUUGCUGCUGCUGCACUCCCCCUAGCCACAGCACUUCGCUGGCGCACUUCGCGGGGCCCUCUCUCUGCGGGCACUAAAAGGGGAGUGUGGAGGUCGCUGUUUGCCCGCAGCAGCAGCAGCAGCAGCAGCAGCAGCAGCAGCAGCAGCAGCAGCAGCAGCAGCGACCUGUGCACAGAACUUGUGGUGAAAGGCCUGCGGCUCUGUGAGCCCGUGCUGGUCUUCGCAGCGAAACGCAAGAAGCCUUUGCUGCACGCAGCUGCUGUCUCAAUUAAGCUGUUUCGUUUGCUGCUGUACCUGAGGACUCUACUGGAGUGGCUGCCCCAGGCCAAUCCCCACGUGCCUCCCUUUGCCUUCAUCUACGGCGCAACUUCCCUCUACACUCGGCUCUUCUCCCAGCAGCAGCAGCAGCAGCAGAUGCAGCAGCAGCAGAUGCAGCAGCAGCAGAUGCAGCAGCAGCAGAUGCAGCAGCAAAUAAACGAAGACAGCAAUAGUACUCAGGCACUAAGCAGCAACAUUAAAGCAACGUGGACUAAGAGCAAGAGAGGACCCCCGUCGCAACAGCAGCAGCAGCAGCAGCAGCAGCAGCAGCAGCAGCAGCAGCAGCAGCAGCAGCAGCGAGGAGGACGAAGCCAGGCACACGCGAUCUGCCGCUUCCCUCUCGUGUUUGUUUUUCAAACUUCAUUCUCUGCUGCACCUUAUCUUUUGAAAGACAAAGAAGCAGCAACUCAUUGGGCUUGCGCAGCAUAUCCGCAGCAGCAGCAGCAGCAGCAGCAGCAGCAGCAGCAAACCGCGCCUUCGGCUCAACUUUGCUGCCAGGGCCCCCCCAACCCCUCUCUCCCCGCCCGGGCUCCUCUGUGGGGCCCCCGUGUGCGCCUGCUCCCUCCAGAGCGCCGCUGCUGCAGCAGCAGCAGCCGCAGCAGCAGCAGCAGCAGCAGCAGCCGCAGCAGCAGCGGCGGCGGCGGGGGGUCGGGGAGUGCGGCCGCGGCCGCGGGCGCACUGCAGCACGGGGAGCAGGACAGCAGCAGCAGCAGCAGCAGCAGCAGCAGGAGCUUGGUGGGGGGGGAGAGUCCGGGGGAAGUGUUGCUGCUGCUGCAGCAGGUGAAGCAGGGCCUGUGGCAGUGGCUGCUGCUGCAGCUGCUGCAGCGCUACAGCAGGGGCCUCAGGGCCCCCGUGGGUACUGCAGCAGCAAAGCGGCGGGCGCUCGUGGGGGCCCUAGUGCGUUUGGCGGACUCUGCGCGGUUCCUGUGGGACCAGCAGCAGCAGCAGCAGCAGCAGCAGCAGCAGCAGCAGCAGCAGCCAGCAGCAGCAGCAGCAGCUGCUGCGCUGCUGCUGCAGCGGGCAGACUGGAGACGUCCGCAGCAACAGACUCACCAGGGCCGACGACGAGCUCGUCGUCCGCCUCUUCCUCCCCGUCGCCCUGGAGGGUUUGGCGGCGCGCAGGGUUUGUUCAGCAAAAACCCUCAAACAGCGUCAGGGUUUGAAGACUUGCUGCGGUGUCUGCUGCACUUGGCCCCUGAGCUGUCUCUCGAGCUGCUGCUGCAGCGAGCUGUACAUACACUCGAAACCCUCACCGACGCUCACCAGCCCACCGCCCUCGAAAUGCUCACUCGCGCUGCCCACGCCCUCGUCACGGUCAGGCCCAGCUAG